UUUUGUCAUAUUUUUAAGAUGCUGUGUUUUGGAGUGAUGGAGUUCAUUUGUGUGACUCUGAUGAUUAUUAUUGGAAUCACAGAUUCAACAGCAGAUCAGUUUGAUGUUGUUGGACCUGUAGCUCCUCUCCUCAAAGUAUCUGGUGAAGAUGCAAUUCUGCCCUGUUCUCUCAAACCCAACAUCAGUGCUGUAAACAUGAGAGUCGAGUGGUCUAGACUUGAUCUCAAAGACUCAAUAGUCCAUCGGUAUGAAGAUCAUGAAGAUAAAAACACAAAUCAGCUUCAGUCGUACAGAGGAAGAACUGAAGUGUUUAAAGAUGAACUACAGAAAGGAAACACAUCACUUAAACUCUCAAGAGUUCAGAUCUCUGAUGAAGGACUUUAUAAGUGUUUUAUUCAGUCCAAAACCUGGUAUGAUGACAUCACUGUUAAUCUCAGAGUUGAAGUUGUAGGAAGUCAUCCACUCAUCACUGUAGAUGGAUUUGAUGUUUCUGGUGGACUUCAUCUUCAGUGUGAAUCUAAAGGUUGGUACCCUGAACCUGAACUUGUGUGGCUGGACAGUGAAGGAGUCACUUUGACAUCUGAAACUACAGACAAACAGAAAGAGACAGAUGGAUUCAGAGUAAAACACAUGAUCACUGUAUAUAACAGAGACAGUAAAUAUCACUGUAGAGUCAUAAUGAGACAUCACAUGAUGGAGACUGAGAUUAUUACAUCAAGUAAAAUGUUUAACUCUUUGAGGUCAUCAGUGAUCUUAAUUUCAGUUGCUGUUUUGUUCAGUCUGAUCACUGGAUUACUGAUCACUGUGUUCAUCUAUAAAUACAGAGAACUACAGAGAAAGAAACAGAGAGAAGAAGAGAGACUAAAGAGUGAAGAUCAGAGACUAAAGAGUGAAGAUCAGAGACUAAAGAGUGAAGAUCAGAGACUAAAGAGUGAAGAUCAUAGACUAAAGAGUGAAGAUCAGAGACUAAAGAGUGAAGAUCAGAGACUAAAGAGUGAAAAGAGGAGAAUAAAAAAUGCAGUGUGUGCCAAUCCACUCAACCUGAAUGGCACACACACACCUGGACAGAGUAUGAAUGACCACAGGACUUCUCUCCAGCACCUGAAUGGACAUGACGUUGACAUAUCCCACAAGGACAGAGAUAACACCACUCAGACACAACAACCACUGCUCAUGGACACAAUCUCAGCUGAGUCCUGCCCACAGAGCUCACCACAGUCAGCCUGUGUCAGAUUAGAACGGCUCCAAGAUUCAGCACCCUAG